AUGUCACCGAUCCUCAAGCGAGAUAUAUCCGAACAAUAUCGACAAGCCAAACGACUGGCUUCCGCGACUCUCGGCUCAUCAUCCAAUGAUAAAUCAUAUAACAACUAUGAAAGGGUAUAUGAAGAUGAACUAGGAGAGAGCUCUUCUGGUAGUAGUAGUAGGAAGAACGAGGGAUAUUCGAAUAGCUCUUCGGCGAGACAGGGUAUAGGAGUGGAUAAGGGGGAGGUUGAGAGUGCUUUCCCAACUUGGAAGGGGAGUACUACUCCGCAAAUGUCUAAUGGAUCUUGCAAAGGGAAAGGGAGAGAUACGGGUCAAGGAGAGCAUACGAGAAUAGCCGCUGCCGAAGAGUAUGAGUUAAAUGACGAUCUGGAAAAGGAUGAGGAAUAUAUCAAAAGGUCAGAUUCGAUAUCAAUAGAUGAAGAUCAGAUUAGACCUGUACGAUCUAGAAGAUUGAAUAUGGAUUAUGCUGAGCCUGACGAUGGAAUACGGAAUACCAAUUUGAACGGGAUAGGUAAAUGGAGGGAUUUAAGGAGUCUCUUAUUAGAAUCAACGCCUUCAUUACUCCUCUCGCUGAUCGGACUAGUAUUCACGGGCGAGUUACUCGAGCAUCUCGCAAGAUGGCGAGUUUUUCGCCGGGUCGAUGAGCUAUUCAUCCUCGUUCCGAUGAUAGGUAAUCUCAAGGGGAACCUCGAGAUGUGCCUAUCAGCGAGAUUAGGUACCUCUGCCAAUAUAGGUGAACUGGAUCAUAAACCCACCAGAAAGAAGAUGAUCAUGGCCAACUUGACCUUGUUAGGUCUACAAGCACUCUUGAUCUCAUGCCUGGCAGCGGUCAUUUCAUUCUUCUUAGGGUGGAUCACCAUCCAUCGAUUGGGUGAUUCACCUUCGUCUGGAGAUACCACCACUGUGAUAUCUCCUCCCGAACCUGAAGAUCCGGGAUUAUCGAUGGCUGGCGAAGAGUGGCAUGAGGGAUAUACCAGACCGGGAUUCAAGCAGCUCUUAAUGGUUUUAGCGACUGGCAUGGGAGCAGCAGGGAUAUCGUCAGCUGUUUUGGGUAGCUUUAUGAGUAGUUUGAUUAUUUUGGCUAGAUGGUGGGGUGCUGAUCCUGACAACAUCACACCACCCGUUGCGGCAUGUCUCGGGGAUUUGCUUACUCUCUUCGUCCUCGCCUUGCUGGGUACAGCGCUAGUAGGAGCAAUGGAUACUGUUAUACCGCUCUUGGCAGUCAUCGUCAUGUCAAUAGCAGCUGGAUGGUUCACUAGACGAGUGAUAAGGAAUGAAUGGGUCAAGAAUGUUGCUAAGGGUGGAUGGGUCCCAUUGAUCGGCGCGAUGCUCAUCUCAAGUGGAACGGGUAUGGUCCUAGCUAAAGGUGUAGGGAAGUACCGUGGUUUUGCACUACUGGCCAUCUCCAUGACAGGUCUGACGGGUUCCAUCGGUGCCAUCCAUGCCAACAGACUUUCCACCUCUCUUCAUACGCUACUCCAUCCCAAACCGCAUUCCGAAACUCUAUCGUCAUCAAGUAAUGGUAUAAAUCAUCACGGCUUGACACCUUUCCAAAGCGCUAUGGCAUUAUACCUCAUUGCUUUCCCAUGCCAAGCUGCGUUCCUGGCAUUCGUAAGUUGGGCAGGAUGGAUAGAAAUCAAUUUGGGAUUGGCAGGUUGGGCAUGUUACGCUUUGACCACCGGUGUAUCGUUAGUGUUGGCUCAUUGGAUGACCCUGUUCUUCUGGUCCAAAGACUUAGAUCCAGACUCAUACACCUUACCAAUCCACUCGGCAUUGGUCGAUUUCCUAGGUCAACUAUUCCUGAUGCUAGCAUAUGAGAUUUGUAUAUGGCAAGGAAAAGAUGUUGUAAUUCAUGACAAGGUUGAACGAUUAUUUUCACCUCCAUCAUAG